CUAGCUUUGUAUUUACUAAUUAAGGUUAUGUAAUACCUACCUACAUAAGAUCUUUUUAUAACUUUUACUCUCUUCAGCAUGUACAAGGCCAGACACCUGUUCCUACUUUACACUAUCUCUAUUGAAAUAGAAGGGAAUGUUUAAUACUUAUUAAACAAUUAAACAACGUUACGUAUGAGCAAUGUUAUCCCAUCUACUGCUCUUAAUUUUCAGUGUAACCGGUUCAUCCGUGAAUUUCAACAGAAUUAAUUUACCGAAAGAGCAUUUGCCCUAUUACCUUUAUAACUUUCCGGAAAUAUUGACGCAAUGUCAGUCGGACCCGGAAUGCGCGUACUCGGAUUCGGCAAAGGACGUAUGUUGGGGGUACGAAUACAACUGUACCUGGGAUAAACAGUACUCCAUUCCGCAUUGUCCCGGCGAUCAUCGCGGGUGGGUUAAGACCAAAUACGAUCAGCAAAACACCUUUUAUACGCAGGCAGAUUUCGGAUACGUCAAACAACAGAUACGCGAGAUGAAAGUGCUCUGCGAGCCGUUGUUUCGGUACGACAGCUCGCUGGAGUGCUCGGAGCACAUGCGGUUCUGCAGAGGUCGUAAUAUUAUGAUGAAUUUUACCUCUCUGUUGAAUAGGGAUGAGCCGUUGCGGUAUAAGAUGGACGUCUUGGGGGAUGGAGAUGUUGGGGGCCACUGCUCAUUGCACAAAGAUAAGCUGUUAGCUGAAGCUGACCAUAUUAGUCCGCUGCAAAGUUGGGGACCAGAAUUGAGACACUUUAAGCAAUUGGAUGCACCAAUACAGGACAGUGCUUGUGAUGUUACCAUUGAAAAACCUACAUUUAUUAUGAAGAUUGAUGCAACAGUUAAUAUGUAUCACCAUUUCUGUGAUUUUUUAAAUCUAUACGCUUCUAUACAUGUUAACCUGACCCAUUGGGAGGCAUUUUCGACUGAUAUUCACGUUCUUAUAUGGGAAUCGUAUACAUACUACUCAUCUUUUGAGCUUGCAUGGCAAGCUUUCACCGAUCACCCCCUGUGGGAUUUAAAAACAUUUCGUGGUAAAACCGUAUGUUUCAAAAACGUCGUAUUCCCAUUGUUACCGAGAAUGAUCUUCGGGCUGUACUACAACACUCCGGUCAUUUACGGUUGUGAAAACAGCGGUCUGUUUCAUGCAUUUUCUCGACAUAUGCUACAUCGCUUGGGAAUAGAAUUCCACCCUCGACAGAACAAGAAAAUUCGGAUAACGCUUUUGUCUAGAGAUACAAAAUAUCGAAACAUACUAAAUGAAGAUGCACUUUUGGAGGCUCUGCAGGAGAAUGAAGAGUACGAGGUCCGACGAGUAGUCUACAACAAGCACGUUGAUUUUAAAACUCAAAUAGGUAUAACACAUAAUACCGACGUAUUCAUUGGAAUGCACGGAGCGGGGCUUACACACUUGUUAUUUUUACCUGAUUGGGCUGUUGUGUUUGAACUAUAUAAUUGUGAAGACGAAAAUUGUUACUUUGACCUUGCGAGAUUACGAGGGGUAAAGUACAUCACUUGGGAGGACAGCACUAAGCUCAUCCAAGAAGAUGAGGGCACUCAUCCAAGCGGAGGAGCGCAUGCAAAGUUCACAAAUUAUUCUUUCGAUCUGACCGAAUUUCUACGUCUGGUGACCGAAGCAGUUGAUCACGUUAAAGAGCACAAGAAAUUCCAGGACCUCAUGAAAACUAUUAACGUUCACAACGAACUGUAAAUGUGAUUUUAACAGUAUUAGUGAUAUUAUUUUUUUUACAAUUUUAUUUUAAUACUUUUCGCAAAUAAACCAUAAGAUACACCACA